ACAAUGACUGGGCCGGAACAGCGCAUCAGCCGAGCCUCAUUGGCAGCGGCCGCCCCAGCCCCGGGAGAGGCGGCGGGCGGGGGCAGCUGGGGAGAGAGGGAGCCGAAAGCCCCGGCUGACAGCAAGAGGAGGCAGGCAGGACGGAAGGAAGCUAGAAAGGCGGCCCGGGGCACAGCUGUAAGUGGAUCAAAGCGAGAACGCACGGCGAGCGGCUGCGGCGGCGGCGGGGGCGACCUGCAGCCCCGGGCCGGGGGAUGCGGCAGGCGCUGGCUGCCCAGCGAGCCGGGGAGUCGGGCUGCGUGGCUCACGUGCCGAGCGGGAGCUUGGACAGAGAGGAAGAGGAAGAAGAGGAAGGCAGCCGCCGCAGGGGAAGGCACAGCGCAGAGCGGACUUGCAGGACUGGCUCAGAGCCGGGUCCCCAGGUCCGGCGCGGUGCGCAGCCGAGACAAUAAAGUAGCGGUCGACAGCCCCGGCGCGCCGCAGGGAGGAGGCGGCGGAGCAGGCUUUAAUGAGAAAUCCAGAAGAAAGAAUGCGUGAGAGAAAAAGAUGACAUCUAUGCAUAGCACGCAAAAUUUGAAGAUUAUUACAAUAAAAACAGAAGAAAGGCAAGAGAAUACUUACUAGUUAAAGAUGACAGAAGGCAGGCACUGCCAGGUGCACCUCCUGGAUGAUAGGAGACUGGAGCUGCUGGUUCAGCCCAAACUUUUAGCAAGAGAGUUGCUGGACCUCGUGGCUUCACAUUUCAACCUGAAAGAAAAGGAGUAUUUUGGAAUAACAUUCAUAGAUGACACAGGUCAGCAGAACUGGCUACAAUUAGAUCACCGAGUUCUUGAUCAUGAUUUGCCCAAGAAACCAGGCGCAACCAUUUUGUACUUUGCUGUGAGGUUUUACAUUGAGAGCAUAUCGUUUUUAAAGGAUAAAACCACUGUGGAGCUGUUUUUCCUGAAUGCAAAGGCCUGCGUGCACAAGGGGCAAAUCGAAGUAGACAGUGAAACCAUCUUCAAGUUAGCAGCGUUUAUUUUACAGGAAGCCAAGGGAGAUUAUACCAGUGAUGAAAAUGCCAGGAAAGAUUUAAAGACAUUACCAGCCUUUCCAACCAAAACUCUUCAGGAGCAUCCAUCCCUUGCUUACUGCGAGGACAGGGUAAUUGAGCAUUAUUUGAAAAUCAAAGGUCUCACUCGGGGUCAAGCUGUGGUUCAGUAUAUGAAAAUAGUAGAAGCUCUACCAACUUAUGGUGUCCAUUAUUAUGCAGUAAAGGAUAAGCAAGGACUUCCUUGGUGGCUUGGAAUCAGCUAUAAGGGAAUUGGCCAGUAUGACGUACAAGACAAGGUGAAGCCUCGGAAGUUAUUCCAAUGGAAACAGCUGGAGAACUUAUAUUUCCGUGAGAAAAAAUUUGCUGUUGAAGUUCAUGAUCCACGAAGGAUUUCAGUGUCAAGAAGAACCUUUGGGCAAAGUGGCCUCUUUGUGCAAACAUGGUAUGCUAACUCUUCUCUCAUCAAGUCCAUUUGGGUAAUGGCAAUUAGUCAGCAUCAGUUUUACUUGGACCGGAAGCAAAGCAAAGCAAAAAUUCCUUCAGCCAGGAGUUUAGAUGAGAUUGCAAUGGAUUUGACUGAGACAGGAACACAGAGAGCCUCCAAGCUGGUGACACUGGAGGCGAAAAGUCAGUUCAUCAUGGCAAGCAAUGGCAGUUUAAUCUCCUCAGGUUCUCAAGACUCAGAAGUUAGUGAGGAGCAAAAGAGAGAGAAAAUCCUUGAACUAAAAAAGAAGGAGAAACUGUUACAAGAAAAACUUCUGAAAAAAGUUGAAGAGCUUAAGAAGAUCUGUCUGCGGGAGGCUGAGCUUACAGGCAAAAUGCCAAAGGAGUAUCCCCUGAACAUAGGCGAGAAGCCUCCUCAGGUCAGAAGACGUGUAGGUACUGCGUUCAAAUUAGAUGACAACUUGCUGCCGAGUGAAGAGGAUCCUACUUUGCAAGAGCUGGAGAGUAAUUUCCUAAUACAACAAAAGCUGGUGGAAGCUGCAAAGAAACUUGCCAGUGAGCCAGACCUUUGUAAAACCGUGAAGAAAAAGCGAAAGCAAGAUUACACAGAUGCAAUGAAAAAGCUUCAGGAGAUUGAAAAUGCAAUAAAUGAAUAUCGAAUUAGGUGUGGCAAGAAACCCAGCCAGAAAGCAACAGUGUUACCAGAAGACAUCAUCCCCUCAGAGAGUAGCUCUUUGUCUGAUACCACCACCUAUGAUGAUCCCAGUGACGCCUUCUCUGUUGUUGGACAGCGAUCAAGUUCAGUACCUCAUUCUCCAAGAAUUCUUCCCCCUAAGUCUCUUGGUAUUGAGCGAAUCCAUUUCAGAAAGUCAUCCAUCAAUGAACAGUUCGUGGAUACCAGGCAGUCCAGAGAAAUGCUGUCGACACACAGCAGCCCUUACAAAACUCUGGAGAGGCGACCCCAGGGAGGACGAAGCAUGCCCACCACACCAGUUCUUACCCGAAACGCCUACAGCAGCAGCCACUUGGAACCUGAAUCUUCGUCUCAGCACUGCCGCCAGCGGAGUGGAAGCCUGGAGUCCCAGUCCCACCUGCUCUCCGAGAUGGACAGUGAUAAGCCAUUUUUCUCCCUCUCCAAAUCCCAAAGAAGCAGCAGCACAGAAAUCCUCGAUGACGGGUCUUCCUAUACAAGCCAAUCAAGCACAGAGUAUUAUUGUGUGACACCAGUUAGCGGCCCCUAUUACACCACCCAGACCCUGGACACUCGCACCAGGGGUCGGAGGAGGUCAAAGAAACAGAACGUUUCUACUUCAAAUUCAGGAAGCAUGCCCAACCUAGCACAAAAGGAUAGUUUGAGGAAUGGUGUCUACUCAAAGAGUCAGGAGCCACCGUCUUCCAGUUACUACAUUGCCGGGUACACACCCUAUGCAGAGUGUGACUUUUAUUACAGUGGUGGUUAUGUCUAUGAGAAUGACACGGAGGGACAGUAUAGUGUCAACCCUUCCUACCGGUCCUCAGCCCACUAUGGAUAUGAACGCCAGAGGGACUACAGCAGAUCCUUUCAUGAAGAUGAGGUUGACCGGGUACCCCAUAACCCAUAUGCAACUCUCCGGCUGCCAAGAAAGGAUGCUGCAAAAUCUGAGCACAUCACCAAAAACAUCCACAAGGCCUUAGUUGCCGAGCACUUGCGUGGCUGGUACCAGCGGGCCUCUGGGCAGAAGGAUCAGGGCCACAGCCCGCAGACUAGCUUUGAUUCAGAUAGGGGAUCACAGAGAUGUCUGGGGUUUGCGGGCCUGCAAGUACCUUGUUCUCCAAGCAGUCGUGCAUCCUCCUACUCUUCAGUGUCUUCUACAAAUGCUUCUGGGAACUGGAGGACCCAGUUAACCAUAGGGCUGUCGGAUUAUGAGACUCCAGCACAUUCUUCUUACACCAGCUGCUAUGGCAAUGUCUAUAAUCCUUUACCCUCUCCAAGCAGGCAAAACGAAGGGCUUCUAUCCCCAAGAAUGGUUGUGUCUCCAGAAGUGAGAUCAGUUGUAAAUUCUCUUUUGCUAAGUGUAGCCAGCUGUAACAGUACACAGAAAUCAGUCAACUGGACGGUACAGAUGGACACCCACUGGAAGACAGCCUGGAGAGUAGCGAGCAGAGACUCUUUUGGCAUGAAGACUCAAAACCUGGAACAUUAGUCUGAACUGCAGUUGGACCGCUUGACCAAGCACUGCAUUCUCACACUAGUGUGCCUUGCAAAUUGUAUUCGUCUUCCCAGAAGAUGUUGGCUUUAGAAACCUAAAGACAUCAAAGGUUGAAGAGAAGACUUAGUUGCCCUGGAAGUGAAUCAGUGAAUCACACACUAAGCCCCACAAAGCCCCUGAAGAGAGACUUGGACUUUCAAACUCUAGGCACUAAUCUAACAGCAGAGUCUGCCCACACAUUGAAGCAGUGCCAAGAGAGGACUCAGCGUGAAGCCUUCAUUAACAGCAAGCACUUUUUAAGGGAAUAGGAGUUGUUAAAGGCAAACCUCAAAACCAUGAAAGGACAUUCAGGAUGUCCUAUGGCAAUAAGGACAGGGGAAAUCUCAGAGCACAAUUCAGCAGGAUAAGAAAAGGGGAACCAGAAGCUCUGGAGUCAUUGCUCACAUCACCAAGUUUGAAUUUGUGAGCUGAUGAAGAAUAGCAUGCUCUUUCUACACAGACAUGGACAAUUUAGACAGUAUUGGAAAAUUACUUGAAGUUGGAUUUUCAUGAAGUUCUGAAUGAGUGUAAAUGUUUUUUAGGAUACUAUAAAGAGCAAUGUUUUUCAUAAGCACCAUAAAGGGUUCUGGAAAAACUUAUUACCAUAGCAUCCUGUAAUAUAACUUAUGGUAGCAGAUUGGGGAAAACGAAGCAGCCCACUGAAUAAUUGACAAACUCUGCUUGGAGAAUUGUCUAAGGUACAAUAUCAUUGAGCUCCUCUUCCCUUUCUUCACUGAUUGCAUGAUGAGCUAUUGUUCUGGAUGGUAAUUCGCCAACGUGGCUGUCAUUUUAAGUGGCAGACUUAAUGUGGAAAGUUUUUAUAAUUAUGAGUUUGAAAAAGUAUUUUAAGAUGAUACAGAAAGCAUCCAAAACAACAGCAAAAAAAAAAAAAAAAAAAAAAAAAGCCAUGUCAUUUUGGAUGAAUUGUGUGCCUUAAAAUGGUGAACAUUAGAAAAUUAAACAAGUCUGGAUUCCGCAAGUGGUUCCAAGUCACCAUGUGACAAAAACAAGGUUAAAAUUAAAAAAACCAACAACGACAAAACAUCUCCAAGCUGCAGUGGAUUUAAUUAUGAGGCUAAAACUACCUCAUACUUUCCUUGGAAGAACUAAUUAGCUAUGGUUUAUUGUAGAGUUUUGUUUGUUUUUUAGACCAAAUGAUUUCCAUAUUCCAGAUCGAUCUUUUUUGUCAUCUUUGCUUCAAAAUUCCAUAAAAGGUGCUCCUUACCCCCUCUUUUAUACACGUUCCUUGUUCAUAUUGUGAAUAGAAAAGUUUCUGAACAACUUUUUUGGAACAUUUUCUAUCAAUAUUCCAAAGCAUGUAAUAUAUAUAUAUAUAUAUAAAUGAUUUGUUGAACUGGUCCUUAGUCAUUUGUAUAAUUAGAAAUGAAGUUUGGCAAAAAAUUUUGGAAAAAAGACAAGCAAAAAAAAUAACUUAUUCUUUUUUUGCAUAUUUGUAUAGCCUUCUAGAAACAGAAAUAACCCUUUUGCAUAUUCUUUUAUUGUUCUGACUUUUCAAGACCUAUUAUUUUUUUACAUAGGUCAAUAAAUGAAAGGUGUGCUACUGAAAA